CUUCUCUCUCCCCACUGUUGCAGCGACUGCGAAUUUGAAGUCCCCUCGGAAAAUUCCAACCGGUUCGAAGCGAUUUUCGCCGGAAAUGGACACAAAAUCUCUGGCUAGAUCGAAGAGAGCUCACUCUCUGCACCACAGCAAGAAGCACCACCCCAGUCCGAAACCUAAAGCCCCGUCGGGAACUUCGAGCCACUUGGCGAGCGCGAACAAUGCUUCGGGAAAGCAAGUUCCCGAGAAAGCUCCGUCACGGCAGAAACCGAAGCUGCCUUCGAAUUGGGACCGCUACGAGGAAGGAGAAACCGAUUCGGGCCUCGCGGAGAGCAGUGAGGUUCGGGUUUCUGAUGUUCCGGCGCCGAAGAGUAAAGGGGCGGAUUACCGGCACUUAAUUGCUGAGGCUCAAUCUCAAUCUCAGUCUGUAUCGGAUGACCCUUGUCCGGAUAGUUUUGUUUCCUUGGGUGAUGUUCUUCCCGAAUUUUUUGGAGGAGGAGCAAGUAAUUUGCUUUCGGUUAGGGGAGAGGCGGUCUUGUCAUGGGCCAAUGAGGAUAGCUUCGUUGUAGAUGAUAAGGCAACUUCAGGUCAUGAGGUGCCAUUUCUUUCCCUGAACUUGAACGCACUUGCAGAACAACUGGCAAAGUUGGACUUAGCUAAACUUCUCUUCAUUGAGCCGGAUCUGUUACCACCUGAAAUGCAUACAGGGCCGUAUAUCGCGAGCAGUGAAAAACCCUCUGACCAGAUGCAAACACACAAAGCUGAAGCAGCUAAGAGUCAGUUAGAUGCACUAGCUCUUGAUGAUUUUGCUAGGGAAGAGAGAAAAGAAGAGGAAUCUAAAAAAUCUGGAACUGGAAGAAGUAAAUCGGAUUCACUAUUCAACCUUCCGGAUGAUAAUAUUUCUGUCGAUACAAGCCAAGUUUCUAGCUUAGGACAAGCCACAGUUCCAGAGUAUGCAGAUCAGUCAAUCAAGAUAUCUGAUAUAGACCCAGAGAAGGGAAACUCCACAUUUGAGGCAGGAGCUUCAGAAGCUGAGCUCGACGCACUUCUCAACUCUUUUAGUGACAAGUUGACUGAGCCAUCUGGUUUUGGCUUCACUAAGUCCACCCCUGCUUUCCAAGAAAUGUCUAUGCCACAGGCCUCUGGGCGAGGCUUUAUUUCCUCUGCAGCUACAUCUGUGCCCGAUUCUGCUAGGAUCAAUGUUCUUCUCGAUGAUUUACUCGAAGAAACCUCGAACUUUGCCCAACAAAACAAUCAAGACAAUGUACCGCUAACCCAGCAGGUAAAUACUGUUGCACAUGGUGCUCAGUCUCCUCCUCCUAUUGUCACUAGAUCAAAAGAAUUGGACGAUUUUGACUCAUGGUUAGACACCAUUUAGCUGUUGUUUACCCUGAAGAGUUCAAUUGUAUGUACUAUAAUCCUCUCAAUUGUUAUACAAGGAUGAUCAUCCUUCUCUUUUCAAGCAAAUACUUCUAGUGCACAGUUGGGAGUCUGGGCACUCAUCUUCAUUUUGGGGCAGCAUCUUAGCCGAGUCUUAAGAAUGAAGACUGACAAGAUGAUUGAUUGGGGCGUCAGUUUUGCU